UCAGUAUCUAACAGAGCUGGGACUGCACACUUAUAUUGUACAUUCAUACAUAUUUUAACUACAUCAUGUCUGAUGAUCAGCUAUCUCCACCUAAUGGUGGGCUGACUCAUUCAUCUCAGGACCAUAUCCUAGCCCCUUCUGAAUUAUUGCAACAGAUGGUGUCUACAUCGGUCCAAUCCGCCCUAGCCUCCGCCAUGUCAUCUGUCAAUGACAGCAUAUCAAAGUCUGUUUCCAUGGCGUUGUCACGGCAACACCGGGAAGGGCCGGCCUCUUCAGAUACCCCCUUGGUCGCCUCCCACAUACAAUCCCAGGCUUCCAGCCUACUAAGACCCGGCAAGUCGGACCGGAAGAGACGCUAUUGCUCCGACUUAGAUACCCACCUUACCAAUACACCUACUAUUGGAGGUGGUUCUAAACUAACUAAGACCUCAGUGCCUCCUGAGGAUACCAAUGUGAGUGCUCAGAACCCCACGGAUGGGGAUGACAUGCCCGGUGGAACCUCUCGGUCCUCCAGGCGUAAUAAACCCGACUCUUUUGUUGAAGAUUCAGAUGGCACCUCAGACUCUGGGGAUGAUGAUUUGUAUGAGUUGGAGGACGAGGAUCUGGAAGGGAACGCGAGUCGUUCUCCUCCACAUGGCUCCGCUGACACAAACGCCCCCGGGGCGAUCUUGGAUUCCAUGGGAAUUCCAUUCUUCAGCCCGGAGAAUAUCAAACACCCCCGUUCGGGGGAGUGGUCGCCCAUGUCACAGGUGGCUGAUUAUGUUUCGGCUUGGCUGCGCAAAUCUUUAGAUGGUCGCAACCGCAAUAAACUGAGGGCGGAGUGUCCACGACCGUCACUGCCCAAUAAUGUCGCCAUGACGCCAGAGUUGGACCCCAUUCUGGUGCGCUAUCUGGUUAAGACCGGUAAAAACCCAAAAAAGGGUAUUGACAAAUCUUUCAAAACUGUUCAGGACAAAUUGUUGGAUGUCCUUGGGCCUAUGACUAAGAUUUUACAAUUGGCCGAACAUGCUGUCGCUUCAGGUGAAGUAAUUGAUGCAGACAUUUUACGGGGCUGGGCAUUACGAGCAGUUUGCUUGCUCGGCAAUGCAAACACUGCGGCGUCUACGGAACGCCGGAGAUCCAUCCUUAUGCGGCUGGAUCCCCAACUUACUCACCUGGCUACCGACGAACCUGGUCCGCCAGCGGACGGUUUACUAUUCGGGGAGGCCUUUCUUAAAAAUAUAAAUAAGUAUGUUGGCCUUUUCUCGGGCCUUGACAAAGCCCAAUCCUCUUUAAAAAAGGUGGGCGCUAACAAGGUUUUCCCCAGGGCUGGAAGGGGUAGGGGUCGCCCUUCCGGCCGUGCCACCAACUAUAGACCCUAUAACAGGGGCCACUACAUGCCUGACAGACAAUAUUACACACCAGUUCCCCAGCCACCACAGCCCUCAACUCCAUUCUUUCCGCCUAGAGGACGUCCGUGGAGAGCGAGGGGUGCCAGCCGCGGAUACCCAAGAUCCAGGGGCACAGGAUAUUGAAGAAUGGUUCUGCCUUGCCACGGUUCUUUGUUGGGGUCAGCUGCGUGACCUAUCCGGUUGAUCGUUCCUGUUUGAAGAUUGACGUUCUGCGUUAUUGGUUCAAGAUCCUCCGUGUGGACGCCGUCGCGCGAGUUCUGCAGUUUCGAUGCUGGACUUAAUCACGGCAUAAAGAAAGAGGAGGAGGAGGGGCUGCAGCUUGGUUUUAUAGGGCAGUCUAUGCUUGGAUUGGUGGGAUGGAGGAGGGAGUUGCUAUGGUUACUAGGUGCUUGGACACCUGUGUUUUCUUUUUCUUUUUAUGUUUAACACUGUCAUUCUUUCUGCUAAUGGGCAAAAUAAAGAAGGAUAAUGCAUUCUGAUAUUCGCCUCCUGUCUUAAU